AUGGAAUAUCACCAAGACUCCUUCAGUGUUCUCAUGUUCCCAUGGUUGGCACAUGGACACAUCUCCCCUUUCCUAGAACUAGCCAAAAAGCUUAGCCAGAGAAACUUCAAGGUUUACUUGUGCUCUACGCCAGCAUGCCUGGUUUCAAUCAAGCCAAAACUUGCUGAAAAUUUUUCUGCGUCAAUUCAACUAGUAGAACUCCAUCUUCCAACUUUGCCAGGCCUUCCUCCUGAGUACCACACAACCAAUGGUCUUCCAAGCCAUCUCAUGGCCACUCUAAAACAGGCCUUUGACAUGGCAAGUCCUAACUUCAUCAAGAUUUUGGAAACCAUAGAGCCUGAUUUGCUCGUAUAUGAUAUGCUCCAGCCAUGGGCACCAACGGCUGCAUCAGCCCUUAAUAUCCCUGCUGUUGAGUUCAUUAGCAGUAGUACAACGAUGACUUCCUUCAUGUUGCAUGUCCUCAAGAACAAUCCAGGUACCAAGUUUCCCUUCUCGAAUAUUUUCCACGGAGAUCUUGAGGCUAUUCUUGCCAACAAGUUGCACGAUGAUGUCAAAUUUCGUUCUAAAGAGAUAAAUCGUGUUGUCCAAAGCCUCCAACUCUCUUCCAAAAUUAUUUUGAUCAAGAGUUUCAAGGAGAUUGAGGGUAAAUAUAUUGAUUAUCUUUCCCUGUUAUCUGGCAAGAAAGUAGUACCGGUUGGUCCACUUGUUCAGGACCCUAGUAGUACCCAUGGUAAUAGUGAUGAUAAUUUGGAGAUCAUGGAAUGGCUUGACAAAAAAGAAAAGAAAUCAACAGUUUUUGUUUGCUUUGGAACUGAGUAUUUUCUGUCCAAGGAAGACAGGGAAGAAAUAGCUCACGGGCUCGAGCUUAGCAACGUUAACUUUAUAUGGGCUAUUAGGUAUCCAAAAGGAGAGAAUCUUCAACUUGAGGAAGCGUUGCCAAAAGGGUUUCUGGCCAGGGUAGGAGAGAGGGGAAUGGUUGUGGAUGGAUGGGUACCACAGGCAAAAAUUUUGGGCCAUUCUAGUGUUGGUGGAUUUGUGAGCCAUUGUGGGUGGAAUUCAGUCAUGGAGAGUAUGAAAUCUGGCGUCCCAAUUGUAGCCAUUCCCAUGCACCUCGACCAACCAGUCAAUGCUAGGCUGAUCGAAGAGGUUGGCGCUGGUGUGGAGGUUCUGAGAGAGGAUGAUGGAACUCUUGGGCGAGAGAAAGUUGCUGCAGUCAUCAAACAAGUGAUGCAUGAAGGAAUUGGCCAACUUGUAAGGGAACGCGCUCGAAGUCUGUCAAACAAGAUUGAAGUGAAAGGAGACGAAGAGAUUGAUGUAGUGGUGGAUGAAUUGGUCCAGCUUUGUCUCGAGAAAAAGAUGAAGGACGUAAAAAACUUCUGA